CUAGGGCAAGUUUUCUUUGGUGCGUACGGACUACGAAGUACGAUGUUGGAAGAAGACUGAACUUCGACAAUUAAAAAAGUCUUUAGAAAAUGGAUUCUUCAGCGCCUACGGACCUUUUGCAGUCAGGAACAGCGCCUGCGGAUCUUAUGCAGUCAGGAACGAUAAUUGAGGGUGUUGGAGAUGAGCUUGUGCACGCUUUUGGGAUAUUUAUUGUCAUUGCAGUUCCACUGGUGGUUGCUUUCGUCAACCAUGUCAACAGUAGAAAUCAAGUGGAUUCUAUCCACCCAGACAAUGAACAACGAGUUUAUGAAGCCAGGCAGCGAUUGGGAGUGGAUAGAGAGACAGUAAACGGUGACAGUCCACAACAGCAACAGCAGCAACCACAGCAACAAGAACAACAACAAAAUGGCCCCGCCUCGGCACCGCCGCUGCCCAGGCACAGAUAUAGCACGGACCCCACUUGUCCCGUCUGCCUGAACGAAAUGGCAUACGCCACCGAGACGAACUGCGGCCACGUGUUCUGUGGAAACUGUUUAAUUACUUACUGGAGGCACGGGAACUGGCUUGGGUCCAUCAGAUGUCCCGUCUGUAGGCAGCAGGUGACUCUUUUGUUGCCAUGUUUUCGAGAAGUUGACCACACCACUGAUGAUGCGCAAGCUGUGACCCGCGAGAUCAACAACUACAACAGGCGAUUCUCCGGUGAACCACGGCCGCUGAUGGACUACAUCCAUGACCUCCCCACCCUUCUGCGCCACGCCAUCCGUGAGUUCUUCACCCUCAGUGGGCUUGUCUGGAUGUUUCGCAUCCGCAUCAUUGUCUGCUUCUGCGCUGCCCUGCUCUACUUUAUCUCACCGCUGGACAUCAUCCCCGAGGCGGUCUUUGGCAUCCUGGGCUUCCUGGACGACCUGCUCAUACUGCUCCUGCUGCUGAUUUACGUCACCAUCAUCUACCGGGGGUUCAUCGCAGCCCGUGCGGGAGCCGUCUGACGGUGACGUGCCUCCCAGCACAAGCGUCUCCAGUACCACAGACUGUUUAUAAGCCCAGUUUCUGCACAGUCAUCAUAAACGCCACAGCACGCAAAGGCUGCAUUCGCAAGUGUUACUCUCAAUAGUCAGAAACUUGGUACAAGAAAGCGUCGCAUGCGCAGUGCUCUCGGAUUGCAUCACGUAAACGCUCAACAUUUACUUUUCUGCCAUCUUGCAAAAUCCAAGUAGUGCAUGAUUCUACCCUCAGCCAACCUCGACUCCAUGGGCUGCAUGCACAUUGCUUCACGAGCCCCUGGUCAUGUAGAAUAUGAAGAUGACACUGACUAGCUAUUUAGGAUGAAUAUACGUAAACGUAAAGUGAAUCACGCACAUAUUUCAAAAGCUACAUGCUCGCGCUCACGUAUUCUCCUGCACGUCACGGGUCAAUCUGUGUCACAUGUAUAGUCCUAAUCUAAAUCUCCCAGACAGCGGGAUAUUUAAAUGAUACAAUACAAGGGGUUAAGAUGGCAGCAAAGCAUGAUGGGAACCAACUUGGGGCAGCAAGAUCAUACCCGUGAGAACGAGGUUGACCCUUGGCCCGAUAGGCUCUCGCUUGCUUUUGGGUCACGCUCGUGCCAUUUGUGCGCACAGGAGUAUACGGUACUCAUGUCAACAUAUCUCUGUUGCAGCCAAGAUGUCCUGCCACCUAAAAUUGAGCAAAAUUACGUCCAAAAUUCCCCAAAUUUUCCCAUAAAAUGCCUAGUUGACAUGAUGAUUCCACCCUUUGAAGUGAAACUGGUACUCCAGUUCAUUUUGUUUAUGGCCAGCAACUUUGAUGACAAUUGACAGCCAGGGGUGGUAGACGCGAUAAAGCGUACUAGCGACAUGAUUGCGUGUCUUUGGGCCUGCUUGACAAGGGCUCUCUUUGUCACUUCAUUUUGAUAUGUGGACAUAAGUCGUGCACUUUGGACUUGACUCUAAAUAAACUUUAAGAAAAGAGACAAACUUUUUCUCUCACCAAAGUGUACCUUUGUAAAACACGACGAACGAAAAAGUUGAAUUAUUCAAAAUGUGCCCCAAAGUGAUAGCAAGUAAACUCUGUGACAGUAUAACAAACCUUUAAACGUGAGACACCUAUGUUUAGCAUGUCAACAACUUCUUGACGAACACGAGUGCGUCGGCGUCCAAUAGCUGUUGUGCAUGUAUCAACAUAUACAGGUAACAUCCUGAUAGUUUAUCUUGACAUUCACAUCAGCGUCGGUAUUGCUUUGUGAAAAAUAAAGCUCGUGUGGUUGCACCCCAACUCUUGAUGUUGCGAAUAUUCCCUCAAAAUGUCUUUUAGAAGUGCCACACUCCAUUUGCAUAUUUGAGCAGUGUUGUUGCUGAAUACGAGCAAUACACAAUGCAUUUUGCCACCAAAGAUUGCCACUUAGCAGCUAUUCUUAAAUCCAUGUUUGACCCAAAAAUGGCCAACUUCCCAUGAAUUACGUGUUGGCAAAUAUUAAUAUGCAACUUGAGGAAAUGUUUUGAUAGAUCAGGGCGUGCCGUGCAACUGAAUCCCUGGUUUUGUGGAAGUCUUGGAAUACAGAUUGUUUAGCUCAGCCAUUUUUCCCCUUACGGCUCUAUGUACGAACUUUGAUCAUGAACAGAGAAUGUACCUUUGGCUGAUGUGCAUUGUGGUAAAUGUUAGCAUUUUCAUUUCAUUGGUCUUGUUUGAGAGCUAAAACACUCUGAGGACACUCAUAAAUCCUCAUAUUACUCCGAGGACACUCGAGGUCCUCACAAGAAUCUCACACCCCAGCUCUCUGAGGACGCUUGCGGUCCUCACAAUUUGGGCUCAAUUUCCUUUUCAGUGAAAAUCUGUCCUGCGUUAAAGAUCUGUCUGAGGGUUCAGUGUGUGAACCUGCAAGAUGUAGACUUGCCAGUAUAAAGGCUACCAGCCAUAUUUUCCGCUACAAAAAACUCUGAUUGAAUCAGUAAUACAAUACAUGUAUUUGUAAAAGUGAAGUCUACUGUUGCAGCAGAUUAGACUUUAUUUCCCAAUGAAUCUUGAAAAAUGCAGGGUCAGUCAAUUGAGAAAUUGUGCCUUUUGUACGCGAUUCUUUUCUGUAAAUUGGAUAUGUAAAUAUUCAUAUUGUCCGUGUGGAUUAAAAAAGCCUUAAGGUAUAUUCAGAAAUUUAAGGCCAAAUUGGGAUUGCUUGGAUUUUUCAUAGUUGAAAUUAAUAGUAAUGUCUGAACUUUCCUAUUGAAAUGUGUGGCCCGGAGGCUCUAAGAAUUAUAACAUUGUGGUACAUUUUUGUAGACAGCCAGUGUUUUUCAACCUUAAAUUAGCAACAUAAUGGGAAACUUGAUGAUGCUUGGUGGCGGCAGACAAGCCAGCCCUUUUCCACAAUUGUGCACAUGCUCUGAACCACGCGUGCAUGCCUGAAAUUGCGUGUGCAUGCCCGAAACGGGCAGAAAGGACUGGUUGGUCUGCCUCCACCAAGCGUCUCAAAGUCUCCCGUUUUAAACAGAUGGGGGUUUUAAAGAUUUGAUUUUUCCACUUGAGUUUUAGAGUGCGACAAAAAACUGUGUGAAAUUUCCACUUGGAAAAAGACAAAAGCCACAAUGGAUGCCUUGUUUGGGAGUUGGUUCAGCUCACAGAAUUGCAUGCGGAAGAAGUAACUGGUAACUUGACGGGAAUACGUCUUAGCAGAAUCGUUGAUUAUUUCACGUUCAAAAGCUGAAGGGAGUUGAGAAAAUUUGGUUAAAAUUCUGAAAUGUUGCACCCCAAAACAUCUUUCCAAAUUGAUCUGACUUCCAUCCUUUGAAAGGGGAGACUGGGUUAGACUCAUGGACUGAAUGUUACAAAGCUCAAUAGCUCUGCUGUAGCUUUACUGACUAGUGACUCGGAAAUGCUAUCGUCGCAAAACCAAUUAAAAGAAAAUUGAAACUGCACAUUUUUUUUAGAAAACAGAGAGUGUGGAAAACAAUGAAAGCUCUUCCAUGAAGUAGUGAAUGUUGCAGUUGCCGUAGAAAGUAGCAGCUUUUUUGGGGGUUGUGACCGCAGCGGUCGUAACAGCAGCUUGGAAAUGCAAAUCAGUGGCGUAACAAUCAUGAAACUUCUGUGGGCGGCUCACUUUUAAGGGGUCACCGAUUACACAUGAAUUGUGGCUUUUACGUGAACAUAGGUCGUUUACAUGCAUGUCGAAUGUUUGAAUGGGCUGCAUAGACCUCGGGGAGGCCUCUGCGACAUCACAUUUGUUUAGACACCUGUUGCGGAGCCAGUGUGAACCCACUGUUUGCAGAGCUCCAUAGGAAAGCGCACUCUUAAAAUUGUCACAUCAUCUGUAGAGAGGCCUGUUUCAUCUCGUUGCUCUGACGUCGUCGUGCUGUACAUGUAUAAGUAAUCCGCAUUCUGUGCACGUCAUGGAACUAGUGUCUAUGCAGUCCCAUUCGCUGUGAACUAGAAACCUUCGGUGGCAAGGAGAAGUUAGCAGUUGCUUACCCACAGACCAGCAACGGGGUGACCAAGGGUAGAUUCCAAUUUUUUUCAGUAAGUGGAUGGGGUGGAGUGGGAGGCACAGGCUUGAGGAUGGGGGUAGUCCCUGUUACUUCCGUCAGUGAAGCAGAAUGAGAGUGGAUCCAGAAGCUAAUUUUUUUUUGGGGGGGGGCCAAAUUAUUAUGGAUUUUUGAAACUUUUUGGGCCUUUCUGAGGAGUGAGGCUAUAGAAAUUUGCUUUCCAUUAGUUUUGCAGAAUAAACAAAUGUGGGAUUGGCCCCCCCCACCAGAUUCGUCCUUGAUGAAGAACCAGAACAGAUUUGGUCCUGAAGACAGUUACAAAAUUAUUCCUUGCCACUAACAGUGACCCACUCACAUAACUUAAAAUCUGAGUUGUGCUAAGCUUACCUGAAGAUCAGGAGAGAACAGUAUUUAUUGUUCAUGUAAUAAUUGGAAUGUUUAACUCAUUGCUUAGAGCAUUGCAGCAUUACAUGCACUUAUUUAGUCAUCUCAUUUUAUUUUUUCAGCCUUUUAAAUUCUUUUUUUUUUAAUGAUUCCAUAUGGAUUCUGUGUCUGAACAUGCUUUCAAAAUAAAAAUCUCAUAUGCCUGUAAAUGCA